AGAGGAAAAAAAAGAGAGAUGUCAGGGAGUUACAAACAGAGCAAGAGACAUACACGAACGGAGAAAGGGAGAAGAGCAGAGCAAGAGGGCAUAAGAAAAGAUAGAAGAAGGAACAGAGAGGACAACAAGAAGCUUCAAGGCCGCCCAUUGAAUAAUUUUCACACCACUGGACCUCCUGUUUGCACGUGUGCAGUUUUAUGUAGCUGCAGUUAUCAGGAUCAGCUUUUUUGUACAUUCGUGCAAUACACAGUCAGAGGAUGGGAGACUUUUGCCACACUCUGGCUCUCUUCUUCCUCUUCUCAUCUACCUCACAAGCCCAGUGGUGGAGUCUCCUCUGGGCAAACCCCCAAACUAGCACCAGCACGACUCCUACUUCCAUUCCUCCCAUCAUCACUUCUCCAUCCAGCAUGUCCCUAGGCCCUUCAGACACCCCAGGGACAACAAAGUGGGUAGCAACGGAGGACAGGGUGACAGAGAAAGCUCCGGAGGGUAGCACUCAGACAGAGGUGUCUGUGCUGUCCCCUUCACCAAGCCGAGGAGUAUCGAGCUUUGGCAACAGCACUGCAGAACCUGGGAUGUUACCUUCAGAUGAGAAUGCAGGAGGAGACAGCAAAGCCAGGGCACAACACAAACCACUAAAACACUGGAAGAGUGAGCGAGGCUCAGGAGGUCUUCUGGACUUGACGGAGUUAAUUGGCGUUCCACUCCCUCCCUCCGUCUCCUUCACUCCUGGCUAUCAGGGCUUCCCAGCGUAUAAAUUUGAUCCUGAAGCCAACAUCGGCCGGCACACCAAGACCUUUGUGCCAGGGUCCUUCUACAGGGACUUUGCCAUCAUUGUCACGGUGCGUCCAGCCACUCAGAGAGGAGGCGUGCUCUUUGCCAUCACAGACACCCAUCAGAAGGUGGUGGAGCUGGGUUUGGCCCUUACUCCAGUGCGUGGGGGCCUCCAAAGCAUCUUACUAUACUACACUGACAGAGAGCAAGCUUCCCACAGCCACAAGGCUGCUUCUUUUAGUGUCCCAGACAUGACCGACCAGUGGACACGAUUCACGGUGGUGGUUGAGCAUGACGAGGUGCGUCUCUUCAUGGACUGUGGCAAUGGUGAGAGGACAACUUUCAAUCGGAGACCAGAAAGACUCAACUUCACGCAGAAUUCAGGCAUUUUUGUAGCUAAUGCAGGAAACACCGGACUUGACAAGUUUGUGGGAUCCAUUCAGCAGUUGGUGAUUAAAGAUGAUCCCAGAGCAGCUGAGGAGCAGUGUGAAGACGAUGAUCCUUAUGCCUCAGGCUACACCAGUGGAGAUGAUGCUUUGGAUGACAGAGAGACAGAAGAGGAAAUGAUGAAGAACACACAUGAGAAAAAACAUGACACAGUACAGGAGGAGGAGGACAGUGUUCCAGUCAGAGCUCCGCCCACUGAGGUGCCAGAGCUGGAGCUUGAUGAGUACUCCGGUCGCCAGACCCCAACUGAGGCCAGUGAAGAGAUGCUGAUGAGAGGGCCACCCCGCACAGAGGAGCCAGGGGAGAGAUCAGGAGAUGGUCAUGUCAGGCAUGGGUUAAAAGGAGACCGUGGAGAUCCUGGACCUAGAGGUCUACCUGGCCCACCUGGUCAUCCAGGCCCCACCCCCCUACCUGGGAAAGCUCAGCCUGGACCAAGAGGCACACAAGGACCACAAGGGAUCCCUGGAUCCCCAGGACUGCCAGGGAAAGAUGGACAGCCGGGAAUCAAGGGGGAUAAAGGAGAUCCAGGUCAGAGAGGAUCUCAGGGAUUUCCAGGUUUGGGUGGAGAAGCUGGAGCUAAAGGAGAAAAGGGAGAAGCAGGAGUUGGUGCACCAGGCCCUCCCGGCCUCCCUGGGCCUCCUGGACCCCCCAGAUCACGUAGUGUACCGUAUGGAGCAGAUGCCCUAGGUUCUGGGUUUGAAGACCUGGACAGCGACACUGAAUUCAUCAGGGGUCUUCCUGGUCCACCAGGGCCUCCAGGACCUCCAGGACGUCCUGCUGCUGGUGGUACUAGAAACCUGUCAUCAUCUGAAACAGCUGAAGGCCUUUCUUCAGGGCUUGCUGGACCACCAGGUACACCUGGCAAAGACGGGCUCCCAGGCACUCCAGGAAUACCAGGUCCUGCAGGAAAAGAUGGGUCUCCAGGUCUCCCAGGAGCUGUCGGAGAGAAGGGUGACCAAGGGUUAUCUGGGCCACCUGGACCUAAGGGUGAAUGUGGCUCUGUUGGUACAGCAGGGUCCCCAGGGCCACCAGGGCCAAGUGGUCCACAGGGUAAGAGAGGCCCAUCAGGUCCCACAGGACUUCCUGGCCCUCCCGGACCUCCAGGAACCAAAUUCUUCGUAGAGGAUAUGGAGGGAUCUGGGAAGACUGACAUGCUUAUUGGAGCUGGAGUCAGAGGCCCACAGGGUCCCCCUGGCUUACUUGGUCCACAGGGACCUAAGGGUGAGAAUGGUGCCCCAGGCGCCCCAGGUCUUUCUGUCAAGGGUGAGCCAGGAGACCCAGGACCAGAGGGUAUUCCGGGUCCUGCUGGACUACCAGGUUCUAGGGGGGCCAAAGGAGAAAAAGGCCAUCAAGGACCCAAGGGUGAUCGAGGCGUUGAUGGACUUAGUAUAGUAGGACCACCUGGGCUUCCUGGACCUCCUGGACCUAUCAUUAAUCUGCCAGAUCUGCUGCUCAAUGUUACAGAUGGUAUCUUCAACUUCACAGAGAUCAGAGGACCACCAGGGCCCAUGGGCCCUGAAGGCUUGACUGGCAGAGCUGGAUUUCCUGGCCCCAGAGGACCGAAGGGAGACAUAGGCCCUCCAGGUGUCCAGGGGCCCGCAGGGUACAAGGGAGAGAAGGGUGAGCCGGGGGUGACCAUUGCUGCUGAUGGAUCCCUCUUAUCAGCGCCAAAAGGCCCCCAGGGUCCCAAAGGCAUCAAGGGUGACCGUGGGUUCCCUGGACCAGCUGGGCUUAUGGGCCCAAUAGGACCAUUUGGUCAAAAAGGAGAAUAUGGCUUCCCCGGUCGCCCCGGCAGAUCUGGUAUGCCUGGGAGGAAAGGGGACAAAGGAGAUGCUGUCGGCCUACCGGGACCUCCAGGUCCUCCAGGACCACCUGGAAAUCCAGGAAAAGUUAUUGGGCUGAAAGGAACAGUGUUUCCGGUGCGCCCCAGACCGCACUGCAAAAAUGGACGAGUAAGUCUGAGUCGGACCGUCUGAUUGGUCUGUUUCACUUUGAAAUUGGACCAUCCGGAGGGUCUUUUGGUGUGUUGGUGUGGCAGCAUGGCAGCUCUCUGGUCUGGGCUACAAACAACUCUUUUACCUUCCUUCAUUUUCUCAUCUCCUCCCUCUUGGUUCUCCUACUGCCCUAAUGAUCCUUAAAAAGGCUCCAUGUUUGUCGUUCUGGCCCCCUUUCACCAGGCGUUAACAUUCCUCUUAUAGGCAGGUUGUGUCCAAACAUCAUUAUCUUACCUACCUGAUGCAAACAUGAUUGCAAGUAGUUGCCAGAUGUUGAUUAAAGAUGCUUUAGCUAUCUGUAAAUGUGAUGUGCCUAUCCCAAUCUUUGCUGCAUAUUGGGUUCAUUUAUAGCCAGGUUUUCUGUGUCUGGUAAAUCCAAUCUGAUCACCCAUGACAAAUGUUAAUGCCUGGUGUUAAAGGGGUCUGAGCCUAAAUCCUGCUUGCCUCGUCUGUCCUUACCGCACUCAACGAAGAGGAAGCGCUGGGUAAACCUCUAAUUGACAUUAUUGAUACUCUUCUACUGUAUGUACGUAAGAGUCGUUGCCAUUUCACUUUUUAGUUCAAUCA